GUCGAAUCAAUACCUACACUGGAAUGUUCAAAUUAGUUAACCCGGGAAGAGCAGUCCGCUCAGUUUGUGGGCUAAGGAACUGGGGAAGCCUGACCAUAACACGUUUCCAGGCAUAUUCUCAAAGAAACCAAAAGUAUCCUGAACAAAUAGAACUUGAUGGUAAAUCAUACAAGACCGACGAAUGGACCAAUAUCCCACAAUUCAUUUUAGAAUUAACAAAGAGGCAACUACACCAGAACCCCAACCAUCCUAUUGGGAUCUUGCGUGACCUUAUAGAAGAGAACUUUAAAGGUAUGGGAUAUGAGUUUUACUACGACUUCAAACCAACGGUGACAACAUAUCAGAAUUUUGAUGUGUUGGGAUUCCCACAAGAUCACCCUGGGAGAUCCAAGUCCGAUACUUACUAUUUGAACAAGGAGCAUUUAUUAAGAACGCAUACGUCAGCACACGAACAUGAAUGUUUCCAACAAAGUAAGACCCCAGGUUAUUUUAUAACUGCUGAUGUUUAUAGAAAAGAUGAAGUGGACAGAACACACUAUCCAGCAUUCCAUCAAAUGGAAGGGGCCAGAUUGUGGAGUCAGAACACGCCAAAUGUUGAAGAGCAGAUCAAAAGAGACAUAGAAUCGAUCCCUAAAACAAAUAUUAUUGUGGAAGAUCCUUUUAGAGAUCAACCUUUCAAUUUGGAAAAUCCCAAACAGGAAUACAUGACUGAUGAACAAUGUCGACUCACCAGUAUCCAUUUGAAGAAAACAUUGGAAUAUUUGGUCAACCAAGUCUUUGAAAAAGCUCGAGAAUCAGCAAAACUCGCCGGAUCAACAGAAGAAUACUUGAAUGAGCCAUUGAAAGUUAGAUGGGUUGAAGCUUAUUUCCCCUGGACCACUCCUUCUUGGGAAAUUGAAGUAUGGUGGAAAGGCGAAUGGUUAGAAUGUUGUGGAUGUGGAUUGGUUAAACAACAAGUAUUAACUAACGCAGAAUUAGAAAAUGAUAAAUUCGGUUGGGCCUUUGGUGUUGGUUUAGAUAGAAUCGCCAUGUUAUUAUUUGGUAUUCCAGACAUUCGUUUAUUUUGGACCUUGGAUGAAAGAUUUGCUAAUCAAUUCCAAAAGGGCAAAAUAUCAACUUUCCAACCAUACUCGAAAUUCCCUGGAAUUAAAAGAGACUGUUCUUUCUGGUUAGCUAACGAAUCUCCACUUCAUGUCAAUGACGUUAUGGAAAUCGUCCGUCAACAUGGGGGCGACUUGGUUGAAAACGUUGUGAAUAUUGACGAAUUUAUUCAUCCUAAAACCGGUAGAAAAUCCCAAUGUUACAGAAUCAAUUAUCAAUCCAUGGACAGAAACUUAACCAAUGACGAAAUCAACGCCAUUCACCAAAAGGUAGAAGACGACUUGGUCAAGUACUUCCAAGUCGAAAUUCGUUAGACUGUACAUAUUCUUGUAAAUAAACUGCUUAAUAGAAGCUAAAGAC